UGAGAUAAGGCAUGAAGAGCUAUGCCGCGCUGCGGAUAGACGUGAGUGUCUGCUGCGUCAGAGGGGCACGGAGAGUGGGGGCGAGGGACAGGGAAGGCUUGCCUCUGCAUUAAUCCAGAAAUGGUUCUGCUCCAUGUGAAACAUGGCGAUGAAAGCCAAUUCUUGCUGGAGACAACAGUCAGUGUAUCCAUUGAAGAUUUAACACAGCAAAUCGCCAAAAUCUACAACGGAAGGCUCAAAAUUCAGCGUAUUUGUGCAGAAGUGGAGUCAUUGGCAGAACAUGGUAUUUUCUUACCUCCUAAUAUGCAAGGUCUGACAGAUGAACAAAUUGAAGAGCUGAAGCUGAAGGAUGAAUGGGCAGAAAAAUGUAUUCCCAGUGGUGGAAGUAUCUUCAAAAAAGAUGAAAUUGGACGGAGAAAUGGUCAUGCUCCAAAUGAAAAAAUGAAACAGGUAUUGAAAGCAACAGUAGAAGAAGCUAAGGCACUCAUAUCUAAGAAACAAGUGCAAGCCAAUGUUUGUGUUAAUAUGGAUAUGGUGAAAGAUGCGCUGGACCAGCUCCGUGGAGCUGUAAUGAUUGUUUAUCCAAUGGGACUCCCUCCAUAUGACCCAAUUAAAAUGGAGUUUGAAGAUAAAGAAGAUCUGUCAGGAACUCAAGCUGCACUUGAAAUUAUUGAGGAAUCAGAAGCACAACUGUGGUGGGCAGCAAAGCAGUUGAAAAGAACAAACCAACUUUCUGACUAUGUGGGCAAAAAUGAGAAAACCAAGAUUAUUGUAAAAAUGCAGAAAAAAGGACAAGGAGCCCCAGCCCGUGAGCCUGUCAUAAGUAAUGAAGAGCACAAACAGAUGCUUCUUUUCUAUCACAAAAGGCAAGAGGAACUCAAGAAAUUAGAAGAAAAUGAUGAUGAUUCAUUUUUAGACUCUGAAUGGGCCGACUCGCAAGCAUUGAAAAGGCACUUCCAUGGUGUAAAGGACAUUAAGUGGAGACCAAGAUGAAGCAUUUCCAUUUUAGAAGAUAAAUUGACUCAUUGAAAUAUACUGGCAACCUGGAUGCAUAUCUUCUCAAAAUUAGUUCUGUGAAAUACUAAAUUCUAACUCUACAGAAGAGAUUUACCCUUUAGAAGUAGAAAAGGGGCUUGUAUUAUAUUUUGAAAACUUUGUAUUAAUUAAUAGACUUGCAGAUCAGACGUUAGCAUUUUAAACUAGUGUACUUACAUGGCUAUCAUUCUAUUAAAUAGCUUGUCCUCAUUC